AUGCAGCAGUCGCGCACAAAGGCCAUCCAGGCUCUGCGGAGCUCACGUUGUUUUUCCACGUCCGCUCCCCGGACCGCCGCGUCACCCUACAGAGCUGCCCAGGCCGCGACCGCAAGUCCCAAGGUUGGAGAGGCGAAGAGGACCCAGAGCACCGCUGCCGCCGCAAAAGCAGAGCCCAGAGCGAGACCAGCGCCCGCGUUCAACAGAGAAGACUACAAUGUGCAGCCGCUGCGGAGACAGCAGCCCGAGAUGGACCACUCGCUGGUCGGACUCAAGGGCGGCGAGAUCUUCCACGAGAUGAUGCUGAGGCAUGGUGUUAAGCACAUCUUUGGCUACCCUGGCGGUGCCAUUCUCCCUGUUUUCGAUGCCAUCUACAAUUCACCACAUUUCGAGUUCAUCCUUCCCCGACACGAGCAAGGAGCUGGCCACAUGGCCGAAGGCUACGCCCGUGCCUCAGGCAAGCCCGGUGUCGUCCUUGUUACCUCCGGCCCUGGCGCCACCAACGUCGUCACAGCCAUGCAAGACGCUCUCAUGGACGGCACACCCAUGGUCGUCUUCUCUGGACAGGUGGUUACCUCCGCCAUUGGCUCGGAUGCGUUCCAAGAAGCCGAUACCGUGGGCAUUACCCGUCCGUGCACCAAGUGGAACGUCCUUGUCAAGAACAUCGCCGAGCUCCCACGGAGAAUCAACGAGGCCUUCGAGAUUGCGACAAGUGGACGACCAGGUCCGGUUCUUGUUGACCUGCCAAAGGAUGUCACGGGUGGUACUCUUACUAGGCCGAUUCCUAUGACUUCCAGCCUCCCCACACACCCCAGCGCUGCGACGCUCGCCGCGCGCGAGAUGAGCAAAAAACAGCUACAGGCCUCUCUCAAGCGCGCCGCAGACCUCAUCAACAUUGCGAAGAAGCCCGUUAUCUACGCUGGUCAGGGAAUGGUCUCUGUCCCUGAUGGCCCCAAGAUCCUCCGCGAGCUGUCCGAAAAGGCGAAAAUUCCUGUCACGACCACUCUCCAAGGUCUUGGCGCGUUCGACGAGCAUGAUGAAAAGUCGUUGCACAUGCUGGGCAUGCACGGCUCUGCGUACGCGAACAUGGCUAUGCAGGAGGCUGAUCUGAUUCUCGCUCUUGGUGCGCGCUUCGAUGACCGUGUGACCCUUUCUCUGGCCAAGUUUGCGCCUGAGGCGAAAGCGGCGGCGGCCGAGGGAAGAGGUGGAAUUGUCCAUUUCGAGAUCAUGCCCAAGAACAUUAACAAGGUUGUACAGGCCACUGAGGCCGUCGAGGGUGAUGUAGUCCAAAACCUGCAACAGCUGGUACCGUUCGUGAAAGAUGUCAAGGAGCGCCCGGAAUGGUUCGCCCAGAUCAAGGACUGGAAAGCACGAUUCCCGUGGGCAUACGAGAAGGAGGGCCCAAACGGUUUCAUCAAGCCCCAGACCGUCAUUGAGAAGCUGAGCAAGCUUACGGAGCCGAUCAAGGACAAGACGGUUAUCACCACUGGUGUAGGCCAGCACCAGAUGUGGGCGGCGCAGCACUUCCGCUGGACGCACCCGCGUACCAUGAUUACCUCCGGCGGACUAGGCACUAUGGGUUACGGUCUGCCCGCCGCCAUCGGCGCGAAGGUCGCGAGGCCCGACGCCCUGGUCGUCGACAUCGACGGCGAUUCCUCCUUCUCCAUGACUCUGACCGAGCUCUCCACCGCGGCGGAGUUCAAAAUCGGCGUCAAGGUCAUCGUGCUGAACAACGAGGAGCAGGGUAUGGUAACGCAGUGGCAGACGCUCUUCUACGACGAUCGCUUUUCCCAUACUCACCAGCGGAACGCCGACUUUGUGAAGCUCGCCGAGGCAAUGUACGUCCAGGCGGAUCGCGUGUCCAAGCUCGAGGAGCUCGAGGACAAGAUCAAGUGGCUCCUCAACACGGAGGGCCCUGCCCUACUCGAGGUUGUAGUUGAUCAGAAGGUGCCGGUGCUGCCUAUGGUGCCUGCGGGAAAUGGCUUACACGAGUUCUUGGUGUAUGAUGAGAAAGUCGCAAAAGAACGGAGAGCGAAGACUAAGGAGAGGAGCGGGCGCUAA